UCAGGGGUUCCUUAAACCCUAGCCCUAAACCCUCAGCAACUGCAACCCAUAUUUAUCAUUAUUCCACACCCGCAAAUUCUGAGUUCUGAUUGUCUCACUACCGCUGGCCGCCUGUAAAUCCGUAAACCUCCCACCACGCGAGAAGCCGUUUCCAGUAAAUUUUAGGGGAAGAGAAUAUUAAGAAUUAAGGGAGAAAAUGAGGAAAAAGGUAGACGAACGCAUCAGAACCCUUAUUGAGAAUGGCGUCAAAGCCCGUCAUCGCUCCAUGUUUGUUGUGAUUGGCGACAAGUCUCGCGAACAAAUUGUGAAUUUGCAUUAUAUGUUGAGUAAAUCGGUUGUGAAGUCAAGGCCGAGUGUGUUAUGGUGCUACAAGGACAAACUCGAGCUUAGCAGUCAUAAAAAAAAGCGGGCCAAACAAGUGAAGAAGUUAAUGCAGAGGGGGCUGUUGGAUCCUGAGAAGGUUGAUCCGUUCUCACUUUUUGUUGAAACUGCUGGAAUAACUUAUUGCUUAUACAGAGAUUCUGAGAGAAUUCUUGGUAACACAUUUGGCAUGUGUAUAUUACAGGAUUUUGAAGCUUUGACACCAAAUCUUCUCGCAAGGACUAUUGAGACUGUUGAAGGUGGUGGGUUGAUAGUGUUGCUGCUUCGCUCGCUUUCUUCACUCACUAGUCUUUACACUAUGGUUAUGGAUGUUCAUGAGAGGUUUCGUACAGAGUCUCAUUCUCAGGCUGCUGGGCGCUUUAAUGAACGAUUUUUGCUUUCACUUGCUUCAUGCAAAGCUUGUAUCGUGAUGGAUGAUGAACUGAAUAUUCUACCAAUUUCUUCACACAUGAAAUCAAUCACCCAACUUCCAGUUCGAGAGGAUUCGGAGGGGCUUUCAGAAGCUGAAAGAGAACUGAAGAAUUUGAAGGAACAACUAAAUGAUGAUUUUCCUGUUGGUCCUCUAAUUAGAAAAUGCUGCACGAUGGACCAGGGAAAAGCUGUAAUUACAUUCCUUGACGCAAUUCUGGACAAGACCCUUCGAAGCACAGUAGCCUUGCUUGCUGCUCGUGGCCGUGGAAAGUCAGCUGCUCUUGGUUUGGCAAUUGCUGGAGCUGUUGCAGCAGGAUAUUCCAAUAUCUUUGUGACUGCACCAAGCCCUGAGAAUGUCAAAACUCUGUUUGAUUUUGUAUGCAAGGGAUUUGAUAUGCUUGAGUACAAGGAGCACUUGGAUUAUGACGUGGUGAAAAGCACAAAUCCUGAUUUGAAGAAAGCAACUGUUAGGAUCAAUAUCUAUAAACAGCACAGACAGACUAUUCAGUACAUACAGCCACAUGAACAUGAAAAGCUCUCACAAGUAGAAUUGUUGGUCGUUGAUGAAGCAGCAGCUAUACCUUUACCAGUUGUGAGGUCCUUGCUUGGUCCUUAUCUUGUCUUCCUUUCGUCGACCGUGAACGGCUAUGAAGGUACAGGAAGGUCGUUAUCUCUAAAACUGUUGCAGCAGCUCGAUGAACAAAACCAGAUAUCAAGUAGAAGCGCUGAGACUGCUGUUUCAGGCCGGCUCUUCAAAAAGAUUGAAUUGAGCGAAUCCAUCAGAUAUGCUUCUGAUGAUCCAAUUGAAUCCUGGCUUAAUGCUUUACUAUGUCUGGAUGUUGCAACUUCUAUACCUACUAUCAGCAGGCUACCACCACCCAGCGAAUGUGAUCUCUACUAUGUCAAUCGUGACACACUUUUCUCCUACCACAAGGACAGUGAAUUGUUUUUACAGAGGAUGAUGGCUCUCUAUGUUGCUUCUCACUACAAGAACUCUCCAAAUGAUUUGCAAUUGAUGGCUGAUGCUCCAGCCCACCACUUGUUUGUGCUACUUGGUCCUGUUGAUGAGUCCAAAAAUCAUCUUCCUGAUAUUCUGUGUGUAAUCCAGAUCUCCUUUGAGGGGCAAAUUUCUCGUAAAUCUUCGAUUAAAAGCUUAAAUAGUGGUCAUCAGCCCUCUGGAGAUCAAAUACCCUGGAAAUUUUGCCAACAGUUCAGGGACACAGUUUUCCCAAGUCUUUCAGGUGCUCGAAUUGUACGCAUUGCCACACAUCCAAAUGCAAUGAGGCUUGGAUAUGGUUCAGCUGCUGUUGAACUUUUGACAAGGUACUUUGAGGGCCAACUGACUCAAAUUUCUGAACUUGAUGUGGAGGAUCUUCCAGAGAAUCCUGAAGUCAGAGUCAUUGAGGCUGCAGAGAAGGCCUCUCUGCUGGAAGAAAAUAUAAAGCCGAGAACUGAUCUUCCUCCACUGCUUGUACCUCUUCGUGAGAGAAAACCAGAAAAGCUCCAUUACCUUGGCGUCUCUUUUGGGCUUACUCUAGACCUUUUCCGCUUCUGGAGGAAACAUAAUUUCGCUCCAUUCUACAUUAGCCCCAUUCCAAGUAGUGUAACCGGUGAGCACACUUGCAUGAUACUGAAGGCAUUAAACAAUGAUGAUAUUGAAUCUCGUGGAUCGGAGCAGUUAGGCUUUUUCAGCCACUUUUAUCAUGUGUUCAGGAAGAAGUUUACUAAAUAUUUGGCUGGUACAUUCCGUCAAAUGGAAUACAAGCUUGCCAUGAGUAUUUUGGACCCAAAGAUCAAUUUCUCAGAUGUGGAUGAUGGGUCGCCCUCUUCCAUUGAAUAUUUGAAGUUCGUGAUUGAAAACCAAGUAUCUGAUGAUGCUAUGUAUCAUCUUGAAGCAUAUACAAACAAUCUUGCUGACCAUCAGAUGACUGAAGAGUUUGUAAAUGAUCUUGCCAUUGCAUACUUUGGGGAGAAGAUUCCAGUUACAUUGUCAUAUGCCCAGGCUUCAGUUUUACUCUGCAUAGGUUUGCAGAGAAAAGUUAUCUCGUCCAUUGAGGCAGAGAUGAAGUUGGAGAGGCAGCAGAUAUUGGCUUUAUAUAUGAAAGUCAUGAAGAAGUUCUACAAGUAUGUAAGUGGUAUUUUAUCAAAAGAUGCUCGUCCAACUGGUUCUCGCCUAAAAGAUAUUCCAAUGGAACCUCAUCCAAUAUCAGUGGAAGAAGAUCUGAACGAUGCAGUAAAACAAGUCAAGGAUGACAUGAAAUCCAAGUCAGAUGGUAUCCUGAACCCAGAUCUCCUUCAACAGUAUGCUAUCUUAGAUAAAGAAGCUGAAUUUGAAAAUGCAUUGCAAGAUAGUGGUGCGAAGGUUCUCUCUGGUGGUCUGGUUAGCAUAAAAUCCAAUAGAAAUAAGAAUGACAAGCACGGAAAGGAUAUCGAGAAACAAAAGAGUGAAAAGAAGAGAAAUAAACAUGACAACAGUUCCAAAUCAAACAAGAGGAGGAAGUCCUGACCAUAUUUUUAGCCAAUGCUUUCAUCUUUCGCCAUUUCUACUGUAACUUUGAUUGUAUUUGGCUCCACUUUAUAGCGGGCAAUGCAGAAUCUGCCAUAGAUGUGAGCCGAUCUCCUGUUAUAGUCUUUUACUUAAGCAACAAACUUAAUGUAAGUUGCCAUUCCUGUGUUAGCUUUGGUGCCUUGUGCAGAGUUCAACUCUGCACUUCUCAUUUUUGUAUCCAUGGGUUCUUGGUUUGGGUGAAUGGUCAACUCCAUGUGUCUUUACUUAAAGUAGCAUGAAAUCAUUCUUGGUUACUUACAGAAUUGAUUUUGGCUGAAGCCAAAGAGGUUAAAUUGUAAGAUUAUACAAUGUUUGUUAUUAUGAUAUUCUGAUAUGGUAGUUUGACGUUCCAUGUGAUUAACUUU